AUGGUCUGGUAUCAUGUCGCCGAGCCGAACUCGUACCUCGUCAUUACUGGCGCAGGUAUCGAGAAGGUCACAAUCAAGAAAAAGGCAUUCGUCCUUCCCUUCCAGAAGGUUUCCAAGAUCAGCAUCACGCCUUUCGACUUCUCCAUGAACCUGACUGCUAUGACUGUUGAGAAGUUGAAAUUCUCACUCCCUGCAGUCUUCACUAUUGGACCCGAGGACUCCGUUGAAUCCCUGGAGAAGUACGCCGUACUGCUGACGGGCGAGUCUGAUGGCAGACCUACGGUAUCUGCCUCACAAGGCGCAGUCGCCGUGGCAGCCGGAAGGAACCAUGUCCAGGACAUUGUGAAGGGUAUCAUCGAGGGUGAGACGAGAAGCAUCGUGAGCACCAUGACCAUGGAAGAGCUGUUCCGCGAACGCAAGAUCUUCAAAGACAAGGUCAUUCAGCAAGUGCAGUCUGAACUAGAUAACUUCGGAUUAUGUAUUUAUAACGCCAACGUGAAGGAAUUGCAAGAUACCCCAGGAUCAGAAUACUUUGCCUUCCUAUCACGCAAGGCUCACGAGGGUGCACUCAACCAAGCGAAGGUCGAUGUCGCCGAUGCGCGCAUGCGCGGUGAAGUCGGCGAGGCCGAAAAGCAGGGCAAGACCAAGCAGGAAGUCGCGAAGAUUCACGCUGCAACUGCCGUCCUCGAAACGGAGCGCAAAGCAGAGAAGGCAGCUGCGGACGCCAAGUUGACCAACAAGGAAAUCAGUAUCGGGAAGGACCUCAAUCUCGCGCGCAUCCAAGCAAAGCGCGAUGCCGAGCGACGCGACGCAGAGCUCAACACCGAAGUCGAGAAGAAGAAGGCGCUGAUGGAACUCGAGCGCCUGCGUGCCACUACCGUCACACAAGCUACCAUCGCCAAGGAGUCUUCCCAGCAAAAAGCCGAUGCAGAGCUGUACAAAGAGCAGAAGCAAGCGGAGGGUAAGAAGUAUAGCGAGCAGGCUGACGCAGAGGCCGCUGCGUUCCGCCGCAUCCAGGACGCAGAGUCGAACUUCCAAGCCAAAGAGCGCGAGGCCGAAGCGAACUUCUUUGUCUCCAAGCGCGCCGCAGAGGCAGAGUACUACCGUGCCGAGCGCGAGGCCCAGGCGCAUCUCAUCAAGCAGCAACGCGAGGCAGAAGGUCUGUCCGCGAUGGCCAAGGCAUACGGCGAUAUGGCGAACGUGCUCGGCGGACCGCAGGGUCUCAUGCAGUACCUCAUGCUGCAGAACAACACAUACGAGCGGUUGGCCAAUGCAAACGCCCAGGCUAUCCGUGGUCUGCAGCCCAAGAUCAACGUGUGGAACACUGGUGCUCAGGGCGACGGUGCAGCUGCGGAUCCUACGGCGCCGAUUAGGAAUCUCUUUCAGAGCUUGCCGCCGCUGCUGAGCACGAUUCAUGAUCAGACGGGUAUGCAGCCGCCGAGCUGGCUGGCGCAGAUGCCUCAGGAGAAUGGUGUGAAGGGACAAAGACUGGGACUGAAGAGUGGAAAUGAAGUGUCGGAGUGA